AUGGCCUUAGCAAAAAUGGAUUCAGACUGCAAUCCAACACUCUCUCUAGCUCAUCCGGAGACGAUGGAUUUCCUCUCCCACGCUUGGUGUGACUUCGCAGUUCAAACUCUGCAGCCUCAGACACAGGACCAAUCACUCGUUCUUCACGACAGCUCAAUAAAGAUACCAGACAGCGAAGCGAAGCCUCCCUCUGUAAAGGCCAACAACAGUACAAAGUUAGAUGAUGGAGACAAUUUCCUGCCUCCAUGGAAAUCCAACGACGUUAAGUCAUGGAUAUGGAUGCAACAAGCUAUGCACCCAGAAGUUAAUUAUAGCAGUUACUUCAAAAGGAAAUGGGUGUCAUGGAAGCUCGCACCAUUUAAACAAGUCCCGAUCAAGAAAUGGCUGAAAGAGAUGAAGCAGAGGCGGAAAGAGGAGCAGAGAUUACACAAGGCGGAGGUCCACGCAGCGAUAUCAGUAGCAGGCGUUGCAGCUGCACUGGCUGCAUUAGCAGCAGAGAACUCAAAACAUGGUGAGAGAGACGAGUCUCGUGCUGUGGCUUCUGCAGCAGCCUUGGUUGCUGCACAGUGUGCGAAGGUGGCUGAGGCGAUGGGAGCCAAGAGGGAGCAGCUGAGCAGUGUGAUAGGCUCAGCAAUCAGCGGCACAACGGCCAGUGAGAUGGUCACACUAACGGCCGCUGCUGGAACGUCAAUAAAAGGAGCUGACACUCUCAAAGCCAGAUCACCGUGCAAGAACAGAUUAAGCGGGAGUUCACCUGUGCUACCACUCGAGGAUGGUAAUGAAGCUGAUUUCAACUUCGAGAAAUGCAGAGAAAUUCUGGCCAAAGGUGCAGACCUCAAUAUUGAGAUGGCAGAUGAAGCAGGAAGGUAUUUGCUGAGAUCAGUGGCAGUGAUCUUAAAUAAUGAAGGAAAGGUUGUUCUCAGGAUGAAGAAGCUCAACAUGCUAAACGCUUUUACUAGACAAAAAGAAAGUAGUGUCCUAGACUGGCAUGCAGAGCUGUAUAAAGAAUCAGAAGGUAGGGAUACUGAAACCGGCUACCUGGUCGUGUUAUCCACGAACAAGGGGAUGGUGAAGCUGGAUAUGAUGAGUGAUUAUGAGCGCUACAGAACAUGGUCUAUGACUAUAAAUCACAUGCUGAUGCUUUCAACUUCAUUUACCAAGUAUGAGCUGCAAUUCUACAAGAGUUGACCUUCAACUCUACAAUUUCUGGAAUAUAUCUUCUGUGUCAAGAAAGUCCUCUUUAAGGCAUUGUUAUUUAAUAUUUAUGUGUCUGUAUAUGUUUGAAUAUCGGUGAUUCAAUCAUUUAUGAAUAUAAUCCUUCUAUUUAAAA